AUGAAAAGCAACUUGAUUCAGUGGGAGCCAGACCCCUCCACCACUAUCAACCCCUCCACCACUAUCCACCACAUUCGACCCCUCCCCCACUUUCGACCGCUCCACCACUAUCGACCGCUCCACCACUAUCGACCGCUCCACCACUAUCAACCCCUCCACCACUAUCAACCCCUCCACCACUAUCAACCCCUCCACCACUAUCAACCCCUCCACCACUAUCGACCCUUCCACCACUAUCGACCCUUCCACCACUAUCGACCCCUCCACCACUAUCGACCCCUCCACCACUAUCGACCCCUCCACCACUAUCGACCCCUCCACCAAUAUCGACCCCUCCACCACUAUCGACCCCUCCACCACUAUCAACCACUCUCGACACCUCCACCACUAUCGACCCCUCCAUCACUAUCAACCACUAUCGACCCCUCCACCACUAUCGACCCCUCCACCACUAUCGACCCCUCCACCACUAUCAACCCCUCCACCACUAUCAACCCCUCCACCACUAUCGACCCCUCCAUCACUAUCAACCACUAUCAACCCCUCCACCACUUUCGACCCCUCCACCACUAUCAACCCCUCCACCACUAUCAACCCCUCCACCACUAUCGACCCCUCCAUCACUAUCAACCACUAUCAACCCCUCCACCACUUUCGACCCCUCCACCACUAUCAACCCCUCCACCACUAUCAACCCCUCCACCACUAUCAACCCCUCCACCACUAUCGACCCCUCCACCACUAUCGACCCCUCCAUCACUAUCAACCACUAUCAACCCCUCCACCACUAUCAACCCCUCCACCACUUUCGAGCCCUCCACCACUAUCAACCCCUCUACCACUAUCCACCACUAUCGACCCCUCCCCCACUUUCAACCCCUCCACCACUAUCGACCCCUCCACCAAUAUCGACCCAUCCACGACUAUCAACCACUAUCGACCGCUCCACCACUAUCAACCCCUCCACCACUAUCAACCCCUCCACCACUAUCAACCCCUCCACCACUAUCAACCCUUCCACCACUAUCAACCCCUCCACCACUAUCGACCCCUCCACCAAUAUCGACCCAUCCACGACUAUCAACCACUAUCGACCGCUCCACCACUAUCAACCCCUCCACCACUAUCGACCCCUCCACCACUAUCGACCCCUCCGCCACUAUCGACCCCUCCGCCACUAUCGACCACUCCACCACUAUCGACCACUCCGCCACUAUUGACCCCUCCAUCACUAUUGACCCCUCCACCACUAUCGACCCCUCCACCACUAUCUACCCCUCCACCACUAUCGACCCCUCCACCACUAUCGACCCCUCCACCACUAUCACUCCUCCACCACUAUCAACCCCUCCACCACUAUCCACCCCUCCACCACUAUCAACUACUAUCAACCCCUCCACCACUAUCGACCCCUCCACCACCAUCAACCACUAUCAACCCCUCCACCACACUACACCCCUCCACCACUAUCCACCACUAUCAACCCCUCCACCACUAUCAACCCCUCCACCACUAUUGACCCCUCCACCACCAUCAACCACUAUCAACCCCUCCACCACUAUUGACCCCUCCACCACCAUCAACCACUAUCAACCCCUCCACCACUAUCAACCUCUUCACCACUAUUGA